UUUCUCUUUGAACACCAAAAACAAGCCCUUUUUCUUUUUCCGUCUCUCAUUUCUCAUUUCUUUUCUCUUUUUCUCCCCACCAUGACAGACAGGGUUUACCCAUCAUCCAAACCAGCGGCAAAUGGCGGCGCAGCCCCAGCCACCACCGCUAACCCUUCCUUUCCAGCCACUAAAGCCCAACUCUACGGAGCCUCCCGCCCUCUCUACCGCCCACAAGCCAACCGCCAUCGCUACCGCCGCUCCUGCUGCUGCUCUUGUUGCCUUUGGACCAGCGUAGCCAUCCUCCUACUUAUCCUCCUAGCCGCCAUAGCCGGUGCUAUUCUGUACGUUCUUUACCGCCCUCACCGCCCGACUUUCACAGUCUCCUCUCUCAAAAUCUCAACUCUUAACAUAACUUCCGGUUCCAAGCUCAUCACCAACAUCAACCUCAACGUCACAGCCAAAAACCCUAACAAAAAACUCGUCUACACCUACGACCCCAUCACCAUAUCUCUUAUUACAAACGACGAUAUCGAUAUUGGGGAUGGUUCGUUCGGUUCCUUCGUGCAUGGCACCAAGAACACGACGCUUUUGAAAGCUGCCAUAACUAGCAACCAAGAACUCGAUGACACGUCAGCGGGCAAGUUAAAGACUGCUUUGAAUAGCAAGAACGGGCUGCCAUUAAAGAUAAAGCUGGUCACUAAAGUGAAAGCGAAGAUGGGAGCAUUGAAGACACCGAAGCUUGGUAUUAGGGUUAUUUGUGAAGGGAUUAAAGCUACUGCUCCGAAGGGGAAAUCAGCAACCACAGCUUCCACUUCUGAUGCAAAGUGUAAGGUUGAUUUGAGGAUUAAGAUCUGGAAAUGGACUUUCUGAUGAGAGGAGAGAAGGAAUGAAGAAGAAAAAGGUUUGAUGUUUAUUUUAUUUUUUGUCUUCGUAUUUUUUUUCUUAAAUUUUGCGUUAUUCUAUUUUUUUUCUUGAGUGAUGAUAUGUUUUGUAAAUUUGGUGAUUCACUGUAAUAAUAGGAUAUACUAGAAAUUUGUAAUGUAUACUUUUGAUUUUUGUUUUUUUUUCCAUUUUUUUUUGUUUUUGUUUUUGUUGUUAGUCCUUUGUUCAUUAGUGUACAAUUUCUCUUUUCCAUUGGGCAA